CACUCUUUUUCAAAAGAAAUAAAGUGCCAAAUUUGAAGUCUUUAUUUUUUGGGAAAAGCAGAUUCUUAAUUGAAUAAAAGAAGGAUACAACUGUGAGUGAACAUUUCAUAAACUCGUCAAUCAAUCCCAAAGGUGAAAGGUAAGUUCUGAGUAGUAGUAGACACUGGGUGAGAGGAAGAUGGGCUUGAUGCUCAGCUUAAGAAACAGUGUAAAAAAGAUUUUUAUCUAUCACUAAGAAAUAAAAAAAAAAGAAAUAUUAUAACUCAACAAUACAUCAAAAGGAUUGAUUUGUCUUCCUUCUCUUCAAUGGCUUUAUAUUCUCAUUUUCUGGUUCUUUAUCUAUUCUUUGUAUCCUCUAUUGUAUGCCAAGUUACAGAGUUCAUUAGCAUAGAUUGUGGAAGUGCAAGUAACUAUACUGAUCCAAAAACUGGGUUAGAAUGGAUAUCAGACAAUGGUAUCAUGAACUAUGGCAAGUCUGUAGAUGUAAAAAAUCCAGAUGGAAACUGGGAAUUACAGUAUCGAAAACGCAGAGACUUUCCUAUCGACAGCAAGAAGUAUUGUUACAAUCUUGGCACAAAAGAGAGAAGGCGGUAUCUUGUUCGUGCAACAUUUCAAUAUGGAAGUUUAGGAAGUGAAGAUUCAUACCCAAAAUUUGAACUCUAUUUGGAUGCAACUAAGUGGUCAACUGUGACAGUAUUGGAUUCUUCAAGGGUGUAUAUCAAGGAAAUGAUCAUAAGGGCUCCCUCUACUUCCAUCGAUGUGUGCAUUUGUUGUGCUACUACAGGUUCUCCCUUCGUAUCAACUAUCGAGCUUCGACCUCUCAACCUUUCAAUGUAUGCAACUGAUUAUGAGGAUAGUUUCUUCUUAAAGUUAGCAGCUAGAGUAAAUUUUGGCGCUCCAAAUGAAUAUGCCUUAAGGUACCCAGAUGACCCCUAUGAUAGAAUUUGGGACUCAGAUCUUGUUAAAAGGCCAAAUUUCCUUGUAGGGGUGGCGCCUGGGACAGUUAGAAUAAAUACAUCGAAGAAUGUAGAUAUUCAGACAAGAGAAUACCCUCCUGUCAAAGUAAUGCAAACAGCUGUUGUUGGCAAACAAGGAAAGCUCAGCUAUAGAUUGAAUCUUGAAGAUUUCCCGGCAAAUGCAAGAGCAUAUGCGUAUUUUGCUGAAAUUGAAGACUUGGGAGAAAAUGAGACAAGAAAAUUUAAAUUGAUACAACCUUAUAUCUCUGACUAUAGCAAUGCAGUUGUGAAUAUUGCUGAAAAUGCCAAUGGAAGCUUCAGGCUUUAUGAACCCAGUUACAUGAAUGUGUCUUUCGAUUUUGUUCUGUCAUUUUCCUUUGCUAAGACUCACGAUUCUACUCAAGGACCACUCCUAAAUGCCAUUGAGAUCAGUAAAUAUCUGAAGAUUUCAUCAAAGACUGAUAGCAAAGAUGUGAUUGUUCUCAAUGCCCUUCGAUCCAUGUCCGUUGGAAGUUCAUGGACAAAUGAAGGCGGUGACCCUUGUAUCCCAGCCCAGUGGGAGUGGGUGAAAUGUUCCUUAACUACCCCGCCAAGAAUCACAAAAAUUGCACUGUCAGGAAAAAAUUUGGAAGGGGAGAUCCCACCUGGGAUUAAUAACAUGGAGAAAUUGGAAGAGCUGUGGUUGGAUGGUAAUUUCCUCACAGGAUCACUACCUGAAAUUAGCAAUCUUGUUAAUUUGAAAAUUGUGCAUCUGGAGAAAAACAAACUGUCUGGUUCAUUACCUAAGUACUUGGGUAGUUUGCAAAAUUUGAGGGAAUUGUACAUACAGAACAACUCCUUUAGUGGGGAAAUACCUUCAGCACUGUUAUCUGGGAAAGUAAUUAUUAACUAUGAAGAUAAUCCUGGACUACAUAAGGAAGCAACAAAAAAGAUGCAUUUUAAGUUGAUAGUAGGAAUUUCAAUUGGCAUACUUGCAAUUCUAUCAGUUCUCUUAUUAGGAAGUAUAGUAUACCUACAUAGUCUGCGAAGGAAGAGGUCAAAUCAGAAAACCAAUGACCAAGGUAUGCAGAAGUCAGUUUUUUCUUGUUAUAUUGCAGAAUCUUCUGCAUUUUUCUUAUUUUUGUUGUGGCCACUAGGUAAUUCUAUGCGCAUGAGUACCAAACCUUCAACUGGUUAUUCUAUUGGUCGGGGUUGGCAUCUCAUGGAUGAGGGUGUUUUGUACUGUAUUUCAUUCUCUGAGCUUGAAGAAGCUACAAAAAGUUUUUCCAAGAAAAUUGGCAAAGGAAGUUUUGGAACUGUCUACUAUGGCCAAAUGAAAGAUGGAAAGGAAGUGGCAGUCAAAAUAAUGGCAGAUUCAACUAGUUAUAUGAGACAGCAAUUUGCGACGGAGGUUGCCCUCUUGUCAAGAAUUCAUCACAGGAACUUGGUUCCUUUAAUCGGAUUCUGUGAAGAAGAACAUCAACGUAUUCUGGUUUAUGAAUACAUGCACAAUGGAACUUUGCGCGACCACAUACAUGGUACCCACCAGAAACGACUGGAUUGGCUAGCUAGACUACAGAUUGCUGAAGAUGCAGCAAAAGGCCUUGAAUACUUGCAUACAGGAUGCAACCCCAGUAUCAUACACAGAGAUGUAAAAACAAGCAACAUUCUGUUAGACAUCAAUAUGAGAGCAAAAGUGUCAGAUUUUGGACUUUCAAGGCAAGCUGAAGAAGAUCUAACACAUAUAUCAAGUGUGGCAAGAGGAACAGUUGGUUACCUUGAUCCUGAGUACUAUGCCAAUCAGCAACUAACUGAAAAGAGUGAUGUCUAUAGUUUUGGAGUUGUUCUCCUGGAACUUAUCUCCGGAAAAAAGCCUGUAUCCACAGAAGAUUUUGGUGCUGAAUUGAACAUUGUUCACUGGGCAAGGGCCUUGAUUAGACAAGGGGAUGUGGUGAGCAUAGUGGAUUCUGUUCUAAUAGGAAAUGCUAAAAUAGAAUCAAUAUGGAGAAUUGCUGAAGUUGCUAUCCAGUGUGUUCAACAAAGAGCAGUUUCUAGGCCAAAGAUGCAAGAAGUGAUUUUGGCUAUACAAGAAGCUAUCAAGAUUGAGAAAGGAACUGACGCCACUCAUAAACUUUCUGGUAGCGGUAGCUCCAAGGCACAAUCUUCCAGGAAAACAUUACUCACAAGCUUUCUUGAAAUUGAAAGCCCUGACUUAUCUAAUGGUUGUCUUGUUCCAGCAGCCAGAUAAUUAGUUUUUGUAACAAAUACUCACCAUGUUCAUUUCUGUAGUUUCUUUGCUUU